AUGGAGAAAGCAAAGAAAUUAUUGAUGCAAGACCCAAAAUUGAAAAAAGGUUUUAAAUUUGAUCAUGUGUGGCUUUUGAUGAAAGAUAUCCCAAAGUUUUCAGAUAAUGUCAAUAUCGGUAUUCCGGAUACUGAAAGUGAUACCGUCGGUUUUCCAGCAUCACAAACUCCUGAAUUUUCUUCAUUCACAAUCAAUUUAAACAGUGAUGAUGGUGGUUCAAAUUCGUCACAACGUCCUAUUGAAUCAAAGAAAGCAAAACUCAAAAGAAAACUUGAUGAAGAUAAUACUUGUAUGGAUAAUUUGGUUUCAUCAACUGAAAAAAUUCUGAAUUUCUUGAAAGAAAGUGCAUCAUCUAGGGAAAAAAAUAAUGAGAUGGUUCUGUUACGCAUGCAAAAAAAAUUAGCUCUAAAAGAAAACAAAAUAUUGUUGACAAAUUUAAACUUCAUUGAUGAUAUUAACACUCGCCAAUUUAUCUGA